AGUUGCAAAUUUUAUAAACUAUAGUAUAUUAUACAGUUCAUAAAAUCUAUACCUACUCACACUUUACACCCUCACCUGAUUAUUUUUCCAUCUGUUUUUACCUGUAAUUUUCAUUUGAUUUUCGUUGAUUUCUAGGUUUUUUAGUUGUAAUGUUGUUUAUGUAACAAUUUGAUUUUUAAGAUUCUCUUAAUCUUAUAAUAGUCAUUACAAAAACAAGAAUGUUAAUUAAGUUUUUUUAGUAACAUUUGAGUUUUUUGUUUUUAUAAUCGUGGUGUUGAGGUUAGUUUUAAUUUAACGGAAAGUAUUGCCUAGUGUUGUUUUUGUCUAUGUUGGAAAAAAUUGAUUUUUUUUUUAUAAUCGUGGUGUCUGGGAUGAAUAUUAGGUAACAAACAGGAAGAAUCAGCUAGUGUUUUUUUGUAUUUGCUGGGAAAAUUUGAUUUUUUUUUAUAACUGUGGUGUCUGGGACGAUUAUUAGGUAGCAGACGGGAAGAAUCACCUAGUGUUUUUUUGUUUGUGCAAGAAAAAAAUGAUUUUUUUUUAUAACCGUGGUGUCUGGGACGAAUAUUAGGUAGCAGACUGGAAGAAUCACCUAGUAUUUUUUGUCUGCUGAGAAAAUUUGAUUUUUUUUGGUAACCGUGGUGUCCGGGAUGAAUAUUAGGUAACAGACGGGAAGAAUCACCUAGUAUUUUUUUGUCUGCAGAGAAAAUUUGAUUUUUUUUGGUAACCGUGGUGUCCGGGAUGAAUAUUAGGUAGCAGACGGGAGGAAUCACCUAUUGUUUUUUUGUGUGUUGAGAAAAUUUGAUUUUUUUUUUGGAGCAAAAGAAUGGGAAUUUGCUAUUCAUCAAGAAAAGGGAAGAAGAGUGAAAAUGAGAGUAAAAAGUUUGAUUUGAAGUUGAGGAAGAGCAGUUCUUCUAAUGGUGAUUUUAGUACAUUUAUAAGCAAGUUGAGUGCAGGAGGAGGAGGAGGAGCUGAGGUGGGGCUUGAGCAGAUUCAUGGAAGGUUAAUUGGGAAUGGUGGUAGUAGUGUUGCUUGUUUAUAUACUCAGCAAGGGAAAAAAGGUAUCAAUCAAGAUGCCAUGAUUGUUUGGGAGAAUUAUUGUUCGAGAAGCGAUACAAUCCUCUGUGGAGUAUUUGAUGGGCAUGGUCCUCAUGGUCAUAAGGUUGCACAGAAAGUUCGAGAUUAUCUUCCAAUUUUUCUGCGAUCAGAGUGGGAAACUAAAUCCUAUGGUGAUCAAAAUGCUGUGUCUGAGAACGGAAAUACUAAUGGAGGCUUGCAUUUUGACGACUUUGUGGAUGAUGAUUUGGUCGAAUCAGUGGAAGCUCAGAACAAUGAAAAUUUCCCAGAAAUCCAUCUGCCUCUUAAGAGGUCAAUAUUAAGGGCUUUUAGAUCAAUGGAUAAGGAACUGAAGUUACACCCCUCAAUUGACUGUUUCUGCAGCGGGUCAACUGCUGUUACUUUGGUAAUGCAGGGCCAGGAUAUAUUUGUUGGUAAUGUUGGCGACUCGAGAGCUGUUUUGGCAACAAGAGAUAAAGACGACAACUUAAUGGCCGUGCAGUUGACAGUAGAUUUGAAGCCUAAUCUUCCAAGAGAAGCUGCUAGAAUCCAUAAGUGUAAAGGAAGGGUUUUUGCACUACAAGACGAACCAGAGGUUGCACGUGUGUGGUUGCCAAACUGCGACUCUCCAGGUCUGGCAAUGGCGAGAGCAUUUGGUGAUUUUUGUCUCAAGGAUUUUGGUUUAAUUUCUGUGCCGGAUGUGUAUUACCACCACAUUACCGAAAGGGAUGAGUUUGUCCUCCUUGCGACCGAUGGGGUUUGGGAUGUCCUUUCUAAUAAGGAAGCUGUGGAUAUUGUGGCCUCCGCUCCCAGUCGUGCAACAGGUGGCCGAGCUCUUGUUGACUGUGCUACUAGAGCAUGGAGACUAAAAUAUCCAACGUCAAAAAAUGACGACUGUGCUAUAGUAUGCCUUUACCUAAACUCCACACCUGUACUCGAUGUCAAGGUGACCGAAGGCCAAAAUAAGCUGACAAAUUCCCCCGAAAUGGAAAUUAAGACAAAUACUAUGGUCGGAAGUAAGCUGACAAAUUCUCCUGAAGUGGAAAUUAAGCCGAAAAAUUCUCCUGAAGUGGAGAUUAAGUCGACAAGUACUAUAGAUGGAGAUGUUGGAAUAUCAGAUACUGAAGUUAUUUCUUCUCAGACUGUCGAUCGUGAAGAUCUCAGUACGACCAAGGGUUCCAGUGAGAUAGUUCCAGUCGUUGAGUCCCUGGAAGAACAACAUCCGGAUAAGGGUCUCGGCCAGUCUAAGAGAAGUAUAGCUGAGUUCCUCUCAACUGCACAAGAUGACGAAUGGUCAGCCCUCGAGGGAAUUACCAGAGUUAACAGUCUUCUUAGUCUUCCUAGAUUCUUGUCUGCUGGAAAAAGGUUGGUUAUGCGACAUCAACGCGUCAAUAUCUAGAGGUUAAUCCGAUGGCCUUCAUCGGUAUCCCUUCCUGCUGUUGUCAAAGAUUCUGUAAAUGAAACUGAUAGGUGUAAUAGUACAGCUUUAGAGUUAAGUUGCCAUAUCAGAUGGCCGAACGGCCUGAAGCUAUGUUACUCAGACUCUCCAAGGAUGUCAUAGCAUUCGUGUCAGAUACUUCAAAAAUGCAUGGCUUUUGGAGGAUCUGACACACAUCCCGAGAAUAUCUUUUAAGAGUCGGAGCAACAUAGGCCUGAAGUGACAGAUUGUUGUUCUUGUGGAUUAUCCAAAUUGGCAAUUCCUUUUUUUGUAGGAAAAGUUGUAUUUGUUGCUUAAAUUUGUGUACAGUGUCAUUGAAGAGGGCUUAGUUGGAAAUGAGUGCUUGUCAUCCGAACAA